GUUUGAACAAGACUCGGUGGCUCAAGAGUACCGGAGUACACUCGCUAACCGGCCUCCAUCCACACUACACACAGAGUGAGUGAGUGAGAAAAGGGGCGCACGCCUCAAACACCCGCAAAUAACAACUGCGGUACCCUUACGUGUGUUAUAUAGUUGUUGUUGGAACAACAAUUACCCCUAUCGGGUACAGCGUCAUCGAGUACUGGUUGCGCCUGUGACAUCGGCCCAUUGUUUUCGGAGUUUACUAGUGAAACAGCAGCCGUGGACUAUCCUUUUAUUUUCAAAUUACACCGCUUUCGGUGGAAAGUGUUUGUGGAAGUUUUUUUUUUGCUUUUUUUUUUUUCAUUUUUUUCUUGUUUAACACGUUUGCGCUUGGAGCAGUGGGUCAGUGGAGAUACGUGAGGAACGGAUUGAUCCCGGAACUGAUAAGUGGACUAAUGUUUAUUGGUGAUUGUGAAGUUAUUAAUGGAUUGUUUAUUUGAACUGAUGAUAUUGAUUUGACGGUGGUGAACUGGUUUUUGAGACGAGUCAUUAACGAAGGUAGUUCUAAAUGACAAUGCUCCAGUCGCAGAAGCUGUACAGCGAGGCUGGCAGCCUUGGAGGUGCUAUGACAUCAGCAGCGAUGUCUAGUAUGGGAAGUAUGGCGCCGACAUACAGCUCGAUAAAUUCAAUGGGUUGUGUAUCGAUGGGUAUGUCGAUGGGUGUUGGUGUUGGACCGAGUUGUAGUCCCCAGAGUUCAAGUCUUCAGGCUGGAUUUAAUAUGGGCACCAUGAGCUCAAUGGGAAUGACAUCGAUGGGUGGUGGUGGUAUGGGUGGUUAUGGUAGUUCAGCGAUGAGUGGUGCAAGCGCGUGUAUGGGUGCCGUCGGAUAUCCAUCGAUAACAGCGGGUGGUGCUGGUGGUGUGAGGAGUGAUCCUCUGUCACUUACCGAGCCAGAUUCCCCAAAUUCGGCCCUCCAACGUGCGAGAAACGACAAAUCUUACAGAAGAAAUUACACCCACGCCAAGCCACCAUAUUCUUACAUAAGCCUUAUCACAAUGGCCAUACAGAAUGCCCCGACGAAGAUGCUGACACUCUCUGAGAUCUAUCAAUUUAUCAUGGAUCUGUUUCCAUUCUACCGAACGAACCAGCAACGCUGGCAGAACUCGAUAAGACACUCGUUGAGCUUCAACGAUUGUUUCGUCAAAGUCCCCAGAACACCGGACAAACCAGGAAAGGGAUCCUUCUGGACCCUCCACCCAGAGAGUGGCAAUAUGUUUGAGAAUGGCUGCUAUCUCCGUCGCCAGAAGAGAUUCAAGGACGAGAAGAAGGAGCACCAGAGGCAAUCAACCAAAACACAGAAUCCCCAUUCGGGUCAUCACGGUGCUGGUCACACGAGUCCCAACUCCCAUGAUCUAGGUCAUGGCAAAAAGACACCACUUCAUCACAGUGUUCAACAACCCGACGACAAAGAUCUGCAUUCCCUCGUGUCUUCCCACCAUCACCAUGCGACGGGCCUUCACCAGCAUCACAGCCUGAAGAGCGAUACGACGGAUAUCGGUGGUCUACUUGGGCCUGAUCUCGGUGCUGCACACGAUGAAUUGGCUGCCAUGGUGGGCCGGAGUCUUCAUCCACACCUAUUGACGGACCCAGCGGCCCUUCACCACGGCAUGACGGGAAGUCUCAAGCAGGAACCACCGUACACCGCUGCCAGCCAUCCCUUCAGCAUCACGAGGCUACUACCAGGUGAAACAGCAGCAACAUCACCUGGCGCACAAGAUCGAAAACAUCCGGAUCUCAAGAUGUACGAGCUACACCAGAGCUACGCCAAUUAUGGCUCACCCCAUCAUCCUCAUCCUCAUUCAGCUGGACCAAAUCAUCAUCAUCACAAUGGAAUGCACACCGGUGGCAAUCCUGGGGCAAUGCACAACAUGGCGAAUCAUCAUCAGGAUUAUUAUCAGAGUCCAUUGCAUCAUUAUUCAACCAGUGUCACGAGCUCCAGCAGUGUACCACCACCACCAUCAGCAUCUGCUGCUGGAUUGUGACAUCACGCCACACAUCCGUAUGCACUUGCCUGAGUCACCGCAAAUGCGGCACAUCAGUCCGCAAUCAUCAACGAUGAUGACAGAUCAAGGACUGAUCUUAUUGCACGUAAUGAGCAUCAACCCGUCAGCUGGCACGUUAUCGCUGGUGUCGAGGAACCUGACGAUGAUGAUGAUGAUGAUCAAGAUCCUGGAUCUUACUCACGAGUUUAGGUGAUCAAGUGGUAUACAUUAUCAAGAGCCAACAGCCCGGAGUUUUGAAGGCUUUCUUCAUGAUUCGAUAAUUAUUAGACUCUGAUAACGAUACGCUGUUGGCUUUUUGCAGAGUCACUGGUUGCUCUCAGUGAAUAAAAGAGUGUUCGUUAAUGUCUCGACUGUCUCGUCAUCCAGGAGUACGAUAUUUUCGGUGGUUACACUAAUGUUUCAUGUGAUUGCAUUAUAUUCUGAUAUACCGAUAUUUAUUUUGAAUAUUCAAUGCGCACUUCUUGGUACAAGUUUUAUUUUUUUUUUCGGCCCAAGACUCGUCAUCCUGAUAUCUCAUAUCGGAUUUUGAGAUUGCUGGUGAUAGCAGUCAUGAGCAAUUCCGCUUAUCAGCUGUCUUUUUAUAAUUUUUAUUUUACUCUUACGCACUAACAUCUCAAUGAAUUCUGAAUAAUUCCUUUGUACUUGAGGCUAUUGGUUGAGUACUGGUGAAAAAUCUUGGCUUUCCGUCCGGAAUAUUUCAUUGUCUCCGACAGUUUGAGACUUAUCGUUUUAUCAAGAGCUAUUUAUCGGUGCUCGAAGACUUGCGGUUGUAAAUGUUUUAAAAUAUUAAUGCAAAAAGCGAAAAUUGUGAUAAUUAUUCGUGCGAAAGGAAAACAGAAAAAACAAAAACCACAAAAUGAGGAUGAACGUUUUGUUUAUUAUUAAAUUAUUAUUGGUAAGAUAACGAGAGGAUGAUGCCCCGGGCAACGUCCCAAUGUUUUUUUGUAUGAUAAUGAAAAAUGUAGAUAGUCGCACAGCGUAACGUGUAUAAUGUACAUUAUUAUUGUAUGUUACGAAGAGUUAUAUAAAUAUUAUAAAUAAAUAUAUAUAGAAUAUAAAUAUAUAAAUAAAUGGAAUCUUAAAGCAAACUGAUAACUAUAUUAGGCGUAAUGAAUAGAUGACGCAGUUUUGAGAAUUCUCGGGUAACUUCAGUCGUUAAUCAUCGAAAUUGAUAAUCAAAUUGAAUAUUUAGGGAUAAAAUAAAUCUGGGAUUGAUUGAAGCCCGUGGGAUUCCCACGACUGCUGAUAAAAUUGUAUAUAUUAUUAUAUCGAGUAUAAUUACGAGAGGCCAUCGUCAUUAUUAUUCACAUCAAAUGGAAUGUUCACUGAACUCACCCACCUGUUCUUAUAUUAGUUCAAGGUCUUUUGUUUAUUAAAUGCAACAAAUUGAGAUAUCUGAAAUGCCACACAGGAGAUGAUGUACAUGUUAAAAAAAUAA